GAAGUUCAACGCCCACUAGCCAUACCUCACAUCGUCAUAUAAUCUACAGAGUUCUCUAACCAUGUCAGUAACCUUGGACUACAGCUCGCUAGAGGCCACGAAAUGGCGUACUCUUCCCAAACCUCCUGGUUUCACUGGGACUCUUACGACUACCAAGUCGUCGUCCAAAGCUCCAGAUAGCUCGAAGGCCGCGUCAUAUGAGGCCCUGAAAUCGAGUCGAGCUUGGGACUUCGCCAUCUCGCCAGCGAAGUCUCUUCCGAUGCAGGCAUUCAUGCUCUACAUGUCAGGAGGAGGAGUCCAAAUCUUCAGCAUGGGGAUUGUAUUCAUGCUCCUCCUGUCACCAUUCAAGAAUGUUGCAGCGAUCAACACCGCUUUCGCACAAUUUGCUCCAGGAACAGCACCCUCGAACGCGAAGUCACUCACCACCCUUCCACUACAAAAGCUCGUCUACAUCGCGUGCAAUGUCCUCACACUUGCCCUAGGGCUUUGGAAAUGUCGGUCAAUGGGACUACUGCCCACGGGCACAGCGGAUUGGCUCGCAUUCGAGAGUAGAGGGACAGCGCCGGAGAUGAUGCUUUUGUAGAGGGUUGAACGGUUUAUAGAGCAGAGGGUCUUUGCACUGCUGGGUCUAGGUGUGUACGAGUUUUGGUAUCAGUUUAUAUAUAUCU